AUGAAUACAACCCUCUAAUUACACUUGCCUAUUUUAUAGAAAUUCAUAUAGAAUUUCACAGAAGACAAUAAUUCAGUAGAUUUAUCAAAGCUAUAAAAUACACUCGAAUUGAGAAUCCAAUAAAGUUUGAUAACUGUUAAUGAAGUACUCCACUUUUAUGAAUAUUGUCAAUCAUAGUAAUUAAGUUUUUUACAAAAAAUUAGGGAGUUUUUAAAAAUGCAUAGCUCUAGAAAUUGGACGGAUGAAGAAUGGAAAAUACUAUUAUGGGUAACCAUAUAAUAUAGUUCAUUAAAUUAAAAAAACAGUGACGAAUUUGUAAAUCUAUGUUACUUUACAUUAGUAAGGAUAGGAUUGGAAUAAUAUAUCUGAUAUUAUCGCAUUCAAAGACUCAUUAAAUUGUUAAUUUAAAUGGCUUUCUCAUUUAAGAGUUGUUCCAUCAAAUAAAAAUUGGUUACCAGAAGAAGAUAAGUUGCUUUAUAAAAUAAUGACAAAAGAACCUAACAUAAAGUGGUUUGAGGUGUAAUAUGAAAUGUUUAUUUAAUCAUAAGGAAUUUAUUUUAGAAAGGCAAAAUAGUAUAGAGAAAGAUGGAAUAAUUAUUUAAAUCCAUAAGUAAAUAGGUAAAUUUUUAGGUUAAUAAUUUAAGAGGUAUUUGGACAGAACUUGAUGAUUAUAAUUUAUUAUAAAUAACAUUAGUAGAAGGUUUAAGAUGGUCAAAUAUAUCAAAAAAAUUAAAAAAUAGAACUGAGAACUAAGUUAAAAAUAGAUUCAAGAGUAUAAUUAAUAAAGAGAAAAAAAUUGUGUAAAUUCCUUAAGAGUUGCAAUAAGAUCAUUUAGAUGAUAUGAUGAAGCAUGGUUUGGAUAAAAUGACUGAGUUUUUAAUUCAUUCAAUUUUAAGUAGAUUGAAACCAGUGGAACAUAAUUAAAAUUCUAGUAGCUAUCAGUAAGAACACUUAAGCUAUAAUAAUAAUGAAUAAUCAUUUUCUUAGAUACCAUAAUAUCCUUAUAUAAUGACACCUCAAUAAUAUUACUAUUAAUAAUAUCCACAGAUUCAAUAGAUUCCAUAAAUUUAAUAAAUAUAGACAAUUUCAGCAAUGCAACCUUAAGUUUAACAAAUAAAUCCUAUCUUACCUUGUUAAUAAUAAUAAUUAUAAAGUAUGAAUAUUUAGAUUCCAUAACAUUAAUAAUUAAUUUCGUAAUAGCUAAUAUAAUAAUAAUUAAUUUAGUAAUAAUAAUAAUAAUAGAUGAUCCCUAACUUUUAUUAAGCUUAAUAUAUUCCAUAAUAAUUUAUUUAAUAAUAAUAACAAUAAUAAUAAUAAUAAUCACAAUUUAAAUUUAAUUUAUAUUCAUCAUAAUAAAAUACACCAACUAAUUCUAUAGGAACUUUAAGUUCUUAGCGUUCUGAAAAACUAAUAUCAGAUCAGAUUAAGGAAGAAGAUAAUAGUGGUUCAUCAUCAAAUAAAGAACCAAAAGUUUAGAAAAUGGUUUGUAAGUCUGCUCAAUCAUCCAUCAAUGGUUCAACUAGUUCGGUGAAUUCCAUGGAUGCAAUCAAAUAAAAUUUCAAUAAUAUGCAUUUAGAUUCUGAAUAAAAUAGUCCAGAUCCUAUUCAAAAAAGAAAACAUUAAAGAUCAUAAUCAGGUGCCUUCGAUAUAAACAAUUAAGGAAAAGUUAAAACUAAGAGAUCGAGAUUCUUUUAUGCUUCUAAUGAUGGUUGA